ACAUUCUUUAUUUAUUUUUGUGUCAGCUGUAGGAUGGAUUUGUCUGGUUCCUGACCGGAAUCUUUAUUAUUUUUACUUAAACAUUGACUCGGGCCCGUAGUGUUCGUUUGUUAUUUUCAUUUUAAAAUAAAUUUCCAUUAUGGCUGACGUUGAGAAACUUUUGAAACAGGCCGCGAUGCAAAUCGGUGCUGGUGGAAGUGCAGGUUUCGUUGAAGUGUGUAUUAUGCAUCCUUUGGACUUGGUCAAGACGAGACUGCAGUUACAAGCCAACAAGUCAGAGAUAAAAAGUACAGAUCCUCAUUACUACAAUGGGAUCGUUGACUGUAUGCGGAAAAUGUAUAGGUAUGAGGGAGUGACUUCAUUUUGGAAAGGAAUACUGCCUCCGAUUCUUGCCGAGACCCCAAAAAGGGCGGUAAAAUUCGCAACAUUCGAACAGUACAAAAAGUUAUUUAUGUUCGGUUCCAGUACUCCAACUCCUUUGACAUUCUCCCUAGCUGGUUUGGGUGCAGGUAUAACAGAAGCAAUACUAGUUAACCCAUUCGAAGUGGUCAAAGUUACCCUACAAUCAAACAAAGCGCUCGCAAGUCAAGUGCCUAGCACAUGGUCAGUAACCAGACAGAUAGUCAGAGAACACGGGCUGGGUUCGAGGGGUCUCAAUAAAGGGUUAACGGCGACUAUAGCGAGGAAUGGUGUGUUCAACAUGGUCUAUUUUGGAUUCUACCACAGUGUUAAAGGAUAUGUUCCGGAGUAUGAGGACCCAGUGCUAGAGUUUCUCCGCAAGGUGGCGAUAGGUUUCACGUCUGGUGUGCUGGGCUCGUGCGUGAACAUACCGUUCGACGUGGCAAAGAGUCGGAUCCAAGGUCCGCAGCCGACGCCCGGAGUCGUCAAGUACAGCUCCACUACUGGUGCUAUCAGUUUAGUGUACAGGGAAGAAGGAUUCCGUGCACUCUACAAAGGUUUGUUGCCCAAAGUACUGCGGUUGGGACCAGGCGGAGCCAUCAUGUUGGUGGUUUACGACUAUGUAUACCAUUUCUUAGAGCAAAAGUUCGACCCUAAGCAGUAACGUGAUUUGUUUCGCAUCGAAUAGUUACCACAUUUACCGCUGCCUUAGGGUAUUACUGACUUUUUUUCUGGAUCUGGAAUGGAAUUUUGUAAAGGUAGAUCCAAAAUAUUUUUUUGGGUAAUAAAUGGUCAAGACAUAUGAUAUCUUAACUGCUUUAAAAAAAUUGCAGUUACAAUAGUAUAAAAGUCUUUAUUACAAACAUAUUUUGUACAGAUAAUACCUAUUUAAAUAAAUCGAAAAUGAAUAGUUUGAAAAAAUGAAACUUUCAACAAAAAAACGGUAUACAUACAAUGCAAUGAAAUUGUUAUUGACUUGUAUAAUUAGUUAAUGGUUUUUUAAUGUACUCAGAAACACGACGAAACAAAUUAAAUCCAACUGGGGCGAAGUUAAAUGGAAUUUAUUACGAUAAUAUGCAUCGCUAUGUUUAGAAGAACUUAUGUUUUUUGUCGGUAUUAAGUAUAGUGUAAAAAAAAAUUCCUGCUCUACAUGCUAGAUUUUAUUGUCAUGACUAAAUAAACGAUUAUAAUUGCGUACGUAUCGCGUAGUACCGAUCAAAUUAUGUUAUGUUGUGUAUGAAAAAUACCUAAGACAGUAGGUUUUAAAUUUUUGGACAAAUAAAAUAUUGUGCUAAAGCAUUUUGUGAUAUGAAGUGCCUUUUGAAUUUCGAAUCUUGGCUUCGAAUAAAAAUUUAGAAUAGAUUAGAUUUAUAAGUGAAAUAUAGGAACAUGGUUACUAUUUUUUGAUUUAUGAAAUCUUUGAACAAAUAUUUUGCAAAUUUAAACGCAUUUAUAACAUAGUUAUGUAAGAAAUUAUACAUAUGAAAUGUUAGAUAAUAUUUUGUAUUGAAGUGCAAUAAUAUGUGAAUAUUAUGACUUUAUUUUUGGUUAAUAAACUGUU